AUGAGUACAUCCACAACGGCCAGAAGGCCAAUUCAAAUUACAGAGUUCAAGAGCGUGAUCAAGGACCUGCCAACCGAGCAAUUGCACCAGAUUAGAGCGGAGUUGGAGAACAGCAUUCGGCACCUGGACCGGUCCAACGCUCGCCUCAACAAGUAUAUCGCCAAGAUUGAAGGUAAGCGCGAGGAUACACCAGACGGUGUUGACCAAGAGGAACUGGACAAGAUUGACAGCAACGACCUACAACUAUACCAGGACUCGCACCGUGAAAACGAGAUUGUGCUGCGCAAUUACUACGAGCGUCUCGAGGCGCUCGACGAAGAAAACGCGUAUCGCAGCGGUGGCAGCCGUGUCACCAAGCCUGGCUCUGCUCAUACGAGUGGUAGUCGUGGUGCUGGCGCCCAGGCGGUCGUUGAUACUGACAAUACCAACGGCGACACCAACGCACCCAACAGCGUAUACUUGUGA